CUAAGUUCUCAAGUCAGCCGACGAGAGAUCCACGGGAAGCAAUUCCUCUGCGAUGCUUUGCUUUGCUUUAGUGGAAGGGAAGACACAAGAGAGAUACCAAACCAAACCAAACGACCAAGCUGCUAGAGCUGAUGAUCCACAGCUGCUAAUCAAGUUUUUUCUGCUGCUUCGACCAGAGAGGCUGCCUAAUUGCUGUGUUUAGCUAAAUUAUUAUCUGGAGUUUUGCUUCUCUUCUCUGCUUAAUUGUACACCGGCGGCGAUCGAUCGAGCGGACUUGAUUGGCCGGGUAUAUAUAUGAUGGGUUAAUCUGCUGCCGAUUCGAUCUUCUUGCCUGAUCAUCAUGAUAUCCGAGGCAGCGAUCGAUCGAGCGGACUUGAUUGGCCGGAUAUAUAUAUGAUGGGUUAGAUUGAUUAAUCUGCUGCCGAUUCGAUCUUCUUGCCUGAUCAUCAUGAUAUCCAAGAAUGUUUAUUGGUCGACUUUGGAUGGGGCCGUGCAAGGGAUACUUAAAUAUUUUGUUAAGAAGCAGAGGGAUACAAGAGUCAUAUACUUCGAUGGCUGGCGCGGUUUUGGGGCAUCCGCGGUUCUUAGAGCUGUAGCAGAUGAGCUUAAAUCUCGAGGGGCUUGUCCAGAACUAAGGCUUGAUAAAGUAAUCCAUAUUGAUUGCUCCGCAUGGAAAAGCAGAAGGGCAAUGCAGAGGGCAAUUGCGGUGGAGCUAAACCUUGAUGCUUCCGUAAUUGCAAUUAUUGAUAAGGCAGAUGAGGAGGAUGAUUUUGAUGGGGUCGAUCAAGGUUCUAGAGGUGAGAUAAUGAGGGUUGCAGAAGAGAUUGAUCGGGCUUUUAAAGAUCAUAGAUUUAUGGUUGUUUUCCAUAACGGAAGUGGUGACUACAUUGAUCUCAACAGUUUUGGUUUUCCGCCAUUCACAAUAUUUCGUGGAUACUUCAUGUUGUGGACCUUCCGCAGGAGGUUUCAAGGAAGUGAAGACUACUCUGAGAUGGAAAACAAAGUGCAGAACACCCAUUUUUUUGCAUACGAAACAGGAUAUGAUAUAAUAAGAAACGGAAUUCUCUUCCCAGUAUUGCAGAAAGAGGUCGCUGCCAUAGCUGCUAAGUAUCCGUGCAUGCGGGAGAUCAACCCGGAGAAGAUCGUGGAUUGCUGUGUAUAUGGAUUAUUUCUAUAUCUUUGUUUGCCUGAACAUUUGGAGAAUGAAUGGGCAGCCCGAGCAUCAGCCUACUGGAUGUGUGAUGGCAUCAUGCAAGGUGAUCAGGCAUGGGAGAUAAGCAGUGCACUUUCUAAAGAAAUAAAGUGGGAUUUGCACCCAACUUUACUAGAUGAGGUGCGUGGAAUACUCAUAGAAUCAUCUUCAGAAAAUUCUACUUGUUGUAAGAGAUUGAAUGGCACAUACUUUGAUGAAAAUGGAAUAUCAUACCCACCAAUGGCAAUCACUACCUCAAACUCAAAGGUUCCAUUAACACCACAUGACAUCCAAACUGUAAGUGCAGAUAUGUCGUCUUAUUUCUUGGCACCUGAUGAGAUAUCCAAUGAUGCCCUACUAGUGUUAGCUGAUGGCUUGUUUGACCAAUCGACUAACCUCCGUGUGCUACAGCUGUCACAUUGUUCCUUUAGCUUUGCAUCACCACCAUUCAUUGCCUGCCAGAACCUAAGAUUUCUUGGGCUACACCAUUGUAAAGACAAUGAAACAACAAAACAAAUUGACCCAAGGAAGUGGCAGUUUCUACAUGGCUUAUGGGUUUUGGAUCUCAUUUACACAGGCUGGUAUCAAGUUUUCUCCAAAGAGAUUGCACAUCUUAUUAUUAACCUUAGGGAGCUAAAUAUAGUUGGACCUGAGUGCUGGAAAUACAUACCUGCACUACAUGAACAGCUACCGGAUGUUCAGAUGCUCCGAAUAGUUAAAUCUAUGGAUCAACCAAAUGCAUCAACAUACAUAGACAACUACCUAAUGGACAAGACGAAGCUGGAAUUACUUGACAUGUCUGGGACCAGAAACAUGGCACGUCUGCCAACCAAUUUGUCAAAGGCGAGAAGCCUUCAGGUUCUUAUUCUUGAUGGUUGCGAUGGACUAGGAAACAUUGUGUUUGAUGGCUAUGGACCAGCAACCAAUUGGACAUCAACAGUUGAGUUACCCACAAGAGAUUUACGUCCAUCUUCUGUAAAUAUUAAGAAGCAUAUAAAAACCUCCACCAUCUCCCUAAAAGGCUGCAAAGGAUUGGGAAGUUUAUUCAUACGUGAACUACCCAACCUUGUGGAGCUGGACCUUUCCGGAACCGCAAUUAAGAUACUUGACUUUACAACUAUGGUGCUGGAAGUCUCAAGUCUUAAGCGACUAUUUCUAAUAGGCUGCGAGAAACUCCGUUCGAUAAAAUGGGAAAAUAGUGGUUCUAAGGUAGAGCCAGACCUAGAGUUGCUAUGCAUAGACACAAGACCUGGAAUUGAACGUCCUCGGCCAUCUUUUGACAAAAGCAAUAAUAACUUCAAGUUACAAAUCCAUGCUGUCAUAGAGGACGCGAGACUUGCUCGGUCCUUGUGUGAUCCAAUAUACUCCUGCCAUAAAGGGAGGUACAGUGAUGUUUCCUUCAGUAUCCAUACUUCAACAUUGUAUGAUGGAUUUGUUCAAGACGAAGGGGCAUGUAAGGAUAAGAUUGGACAAAUAAAUGAUCAAGUGAAUCUGCAACAACAACAACCUUUUUCAGUCGGCCAGUAUCAUGAUGCACUUAGCAAGGUUGGGGAUGCCCCCAUGCAAUCUUUCCCACAUCCUCCAACCACAAGCUUGAGCCGCCAUAUCGAGAUUGCUCAAGGGAGCCACAACUUGGAGAGUGAACUGGAUCGGAACUGGCUGCUGCCAUAUCGUAAUUUAGCAUACUUGAUGGGUUGGGUGUCCGAGUCACUGCAUGUGCAUGACGUCCUGACCACCGCAAGUAUGCCUGGAGGGGGUUGGUACUGGGACUACCUCAGGUGGUGCCGUAUGGAGAGGUGCCCCAAGAUGGAAACAAUAUUCCCUACAAACGCAGAAGGUUUCAGCCGCCUAGAGACCAUAUGGAUGGCUGAUCUCCCAAUGGCCCGUUGCAUCUGGAGUAUAGGUGUUCGUCGUUUCUCGUACGGGUCCUUCGAGAAUCUACGGCACAUGCACCUGCGCGACUGCCCCAGGCUCAAGUUCGUGCUCCCGGUGUGGGUCUACUCCUUCCCGAGGCUAGAGACCCUCCACGUCAUCCACUGCACCCACCUCUGCAACAUCUUCGUGCUCGAUGGAGGCGAAACAACCGUCGACGGCGUAGCAUUCCCAAGGCUAAGCACCAUCCACCUGCAAGACCUCCCGAUGCUUCAGCAGAUUUGCGAUGUCGGGUUCAAGAUGGUGGCGCCCGCGCUGGAGACCAUCAAGAUCAGGGGGUGCUGGAGCCUGCGCCGGCUGCCGGCCGUCGGUGCUGGUGGCCUGAAGCCGGCCAUAGAGAUCGAGGAGGACGUGUGGAGCGCACUGGAGUGGGACGGGGUGGAGGCCGGCCACCACCCUUCCCUCUUCCAGGCGCCGCUGCACUCGCGCUACUACAAGAAGAAGCUGCCUAGGGGCUCCGCCAUCAGGUGAUCAAUCCUUGCUUGGGAGGAUGCUCUGCGAGCUGGCGACGAAUGGUGGUGAAAUUGUGAUGCUGCUGCUCCUCCUAUUUGUGUCCGCUCCUGUUGCAGCCAGCCAGCUUGUGGUGUGUGGGCUGUGACAGUGGCUUGGUAUGUGGCCGAGUUGGCCAGAGACCAUGUCUCCGUCCUGUGUUUGUGCGCGGAUGCACAGACCAGCUGACGGCCGAUGGAUGAUUGAGUUUGUGAGUUUGAGUGUGUGUCUUGAUGACUGAGUUUUAGUCUGGGUGUGGAUACUCGGAUGCUCGUGUGUGUGGCUUGAUGAUGAUUUGAUGUAUGUUUGAAACAAUAAUAAAGAAGAAGCAGUCAUGUGUUCCUGCGAGCAUCUACAUGGCUGCGACAGUGUGUGAGAUUGCUUGCUUGCUGUGUGUAUGUCAAGAUUCUGAACAAAUUAUGGAUGGAGCAGAUGGUUGUGUUUGCUAGCUUAGCUUGCAUGCGUCCACCUUGCUUCCGGGGUCUGUAUGUGUGCCGGUAUGCGUUUUGAGACAAGCAGCAGCUGUAUGUAAUAUACAUGUGUGCCUCACCGGUUGUUGCAUUUAACCAGCUCAAUCUGUGAAUCGUUAUCGUUGAGCUACAUGCAUCCCAGGUUUAUGUGAGUGUUAUGU